AUGAAUAUCUCCAUCAUCCAGAACAACAACCCGCUCUCGAUGAUGUCGUCUGUCUACCGGCAGAACAAGUCGCAGGACACAAACUUGCCCUCUGCCCUGACGAUCUACAACUCGCUCACGGGGGCCAAAGUGGUGGCCAGUGCGUACCAGUUCCACAAUCUGGAGGCGUUGAAGCAGUUCAUUGGCCUGUCGUUCAAUGUGGCGACAGAAAACCUGUUUCUGCUCACGCCGUUUGGCAUCAAACUCAAGUUCUCCAUGAUAGUGCACGAGGAAAUAAGCGAGAUCUACGUCUUCGAUAGACGCUACUUCAACGUCAACAACAUCGACGCGUCGGACAACAUGGACAACGUCAACGACCUUCUGGCAGAACUGAACCAGACAGACCUCAUCAACAUGAUCAAGCCGCUCGCUUCGCCCCUGCUGUCGGAAGAGCUGUCUGUGUUUGUGGAGAAGCUGACGCUGGUGCUGGAGAACACGACACAGAUCAAGGCGGUGGACAUCAAUCUGAACAUGCUGCGGAUGCUGCUCAACUCGCUCAAACGCAAUUCUGGCUGGGCGUCGGCGCUGCUGUCCGACUUCAAAAAGACGGUGGCCUUUGACGAGUGCACGCCCGAGGACAACGACCUCGAGACCAUCUUGACGUCUCUGAACGUGCUCAUACAGUACGUGGGGCUCGUAUUCAAGACGCUCGAGAAGAAGUUCAACGACUCGAUCGACGCCCUGGUGCUGCUACAGUCCAACAGUCUCGUAGACCAAUGGCGAGACCAGUACGCACUGCUCAAACGCCUUCCUUUUGAGUUCCACAGUCCGUCGUCCAGUGUGUCGGAAAAACUGUUUUUGAGCCAGCUGGUUAACGAGCCGCGUCUCGAAAAAUGCGCAGAGGAGUCGCGCAGACUCAACAAGAGCAUGAACGAGAGACUGGUCAUGCUUCGCAGCAAAAUCGAGUCAGACGUCAUCAAGCCCCGCCAGGAGCUCUCACAGGAAUAUAACAGCUACAUGUCGCAGUACAUACGGCCAGAAACAGAUGCCACCCAGAAAACACAGAAAAUACAGGACUGCAAACGCAUACUUGCCGAACUAGAAGCACAUGUCAGCAAACUGAUCCAGUCCUCUUCGUCCCUUCCUUCUUUUGAGGAACUCAUCACCACAGCAAGCCAGACGUCAACGACGUUGUCUGCUUCCUCCAUUGCGAACAUUAAAAAGCUUACGCAGCUGUACAAAUACCAGGAGUCUGAGCUUGUGCCGUAUAUUUUUCAGCUUGCCAACAACUUGUACGACAUACAGAUCAACAAACUGAAUGCCAGGAAAGAGCUACAAACGAAACUAAUCUGCUCUACGUUGAUCAACGUCACCAAGAUCCAGCUCAACAUGAUGAGACUGUCUACGGUUCUAAAUACAGAGGUGGCUAAAAACAUUGCAUCCAUCAAGGAAAACGAGCUUCAGCUGUCUGUUGUCUCCGACCUGCCACUGAUAUUUGGCAUUUUUGUCAUAGCCAACCUCAACAAUCUCAAGUUUGGCAUCUCCCUAAACAACAUUGUCAAAAAGGCUAACGAGAUCUUUGAGAUGCUGCGGUUCAUGGAAGCACGCAACCGCACAAAAUGGCUCAAGGAAUUUUUGGCUAGCAGCGGAGCCGAUAAGCUUGAGUUUCUGAACCUGGACGAGGAGGGCCGCGAGCGAUUUAUCAACGAGAAUAUGCUCGCGUAUAAACUGGAGCAGGUAGAUGUGAUGCUGUCGAAGAAAUCUCCCUCACCAGUCGACCGCCCUGCGAGCCCGGUAGGCGGCCAGGAAAAACACUACCUUACCUCAAUCAACAGGCUGCUGCACAACAUCAAUGGUUUCCCGACUCCGCGUCCAAUGGCUACAGAAUUGCCGAAACAGAGGGAAACCAACAUUAUAGCGAACCUGGCCAGAAACAUUUCAGUCAAGAGUAUUGUGUCGUAUAUCAAUACACUCCGGAAAGAAGGCAUUGACCCCAAUAUUGUGAACAAGCUGGAAGAGUGUCUUAGAGAUUUCGGUAUUACGUAUGGCCAGAACGAGCGAAAAGCCAUUGAAACCGAGGAAGGCGAGGAGAUUGUCGUGAAAGGAAAAAACGUGGGAGAUUUGGGGUCCUUUGACGCCAACGACGUGAACUACAUGCGGCUGUUCAAGAAGUUCAUCAAGAGCUUUGAGUCUGAAGGGAUUGUGAUUAACAUAAACGUGAACCAGCAGGAUUCUGUGUCCAAUGACGAGCUGAUCAAGGGCUACGAACGACGAAUCAAGAAGCUUGAGAACGUUUUGCAUACACGUAACUUCCAGCAGUUUAACGACCAAUGGUCUCGUCACAGACCAGUGCACACUCUGCCGAAUCCUGUGAGCAGGCGGCAGUCGGAUUUGAGUCAGGAGCAUGUUAUGCAUGAGAACACUAUACUGUUCAACGAGAACGUUGUUUUAGGACGCAAGACGAUCGAUCUGCCUCCGAGCCACUAUGGAGAGCGGAUCGAGCGUCUUGAGAACGAAAACGAGAGGUACAGAGGCGAGAUCGAGGAGCUAAAGAAAGGAACUGAAUUUGCAGAGAUUGAUCGAUUGAAGAAAGAGCUUGAGGAUAUGAAGAAGGUCGAUUUGGAGAAAGACAGGCGUUUGGCGGUUUUGGAAGAGGAGAACAAGAACUUGAAAGAGUCGAACGAAGAGCUCACCAAGGCGAACAAAGAGCUGGCUAAUGUGUGUUCCGAGCUGAAGAGCAUGAAGUCGGACCUUUUGGAGAACAUGACCCAGAAAGAAAGCGAGUUUGGCAAGGAAGCGAAAGUCAACCAACAGGAAAUCAACGAGCUGAAAUUGAGAAUCGAGGAGCUGGAGGAAGACGAGUCUAAUCUUGUCAACGUGAACAAGACGCUGAAUGAAAGGCUGGCAAUCAAAGACCGGCUUCUUUGCCAGUUGUACGAGCUUGUGCAAGGAGCAUACAGCAAGCUGAACCAGAUGAGCGGCGAGAUAUUCAGCAAUCUGACAAGGGUGUGUCUGUUGCUGGAGUCUAUAGGGCUGCUGUUGAUUCGCGAGACGCCUUCGUUUGACAACCAUCCUGGAACACUGACCAUCAAGCGUGUGAAAGGUCUGCGCAGUCGCAAGAGACAAAUCAAGCAGGCUACCGACUCGGCUCACAACAACGGCAAUUUGCAAAACGACACGUUCGAGGACUCCGAGCACAUCGACAACGCGCUGAUGGAGGUUGUCUCGAGCGAGGUUGUGCCGGAAGCAGAGCAGUAUCUCCAUUGGGUGGACAUGAACGUGCUGAACUACACGAUUUCGUCCGAUCUGGGCAUAGAGGACGAGAUCGUGCACAAGAAAGACGAGAGCUCGCUGAUCGACAUGAGUCUGUGCGAGGAAAGCUCGAUCGAGAAGAAGGUGAAGAAGUUGCUGGCCAAUUACGAAAGCCUCAACGUGGAGCUAGGGUUCCAGAACUUUUUGCGGUUCAACCACGUUGACAACGAGCUUGUGGUUGAACGGGUGUUCCGGCGGUUCAGCGACGUGGAGACGCUGGCGAGAAAGUUGCAGAAGGACAAGACUCAGCAGAAACAGGAGCUCAAGACGCUCACUGCCGAGCUGGACGGCAAGAUAGCGUUCCGGAACUUCAAAGUUGGCGAUCUCGUUCUGUUUUUGAAAACGCUGACUCCGGCCAACGAGGAGCUCGGCGGCGGCGACGAGCAGCCGUGGGCCGCUUUCAACGUGGGGUGUCCGAACUAUUACCUCAAGAACACCAAGGGCGAGGGCUACAUCGAGCUGAGCGACCGAGACUGGCUGGUGGGGCGGGUGUCGAAAAUUGAGCCGCGACAGGUCACCGAGCAGAAUUUCCACAGCAAGACAGACAACCCGUUCAAGCUGGCCAAGUCGGUGGUGUGGUAUUUUGUUGAGGCACGUGAGGUGAAAGAAUGA